CUCAUUGAAACUUCCCAGAGCUCUCUUGAUUCCCUUCUCCUUUGGAAGAAGAAGUGAAAAACCCCUAACUUUUUCAUCAGAUAUCAAUACGAUAUCCAGCAAUCAGUGACCAAGAAAGACAGAGCUGCGACUCAGAUGUAUCACACCAGCUUGAAAUUCUCUAGUGAUUUAACAAGGUGCUUAAUAGUCAGGCUGGACACUGCACGUUAGAAGUUAUAGGUUGAAGGUCUAAACAUGCAGGAGAUCGAUCACAGUUACCAUCUCCCAAAAUUAACUAAUUAUUUCACCUGGAUGUGGUUUUUCAUAAAUUCAAAAGGGUGGUCACGCCGGGAAAACAUGAAGAGGAAAACGUUUAAGAAAUCCUCGGCUAACUCAAAAAUGAAACCAAAGUUCUGGCUGACGGUCGUAGUAACGUUUCUGAUGUCAUGGAUGGGUAUUAUUAGCGCUACAGACCAAUGUCAUUUAGGAGAACGCUCCAUUCGUGGUAUAUUCCUCAGAGGUCAUACAUUUUUAACGUUUCGGGUUGGUUUACCUGCGGAGUGCUAUAGACGGUGCGAAAACGAAGUCACGUGUCAGAGCAUUAAUUUUGUCAUUGGCCAGAAUAUCUGUGAACUGAACAAUCGUACAAAGGAGGCAAGACCGGAGGAUAUUAUGCAAGAUCAGACGAGAUACUACGUAAAAAGGCUUAAAAGAGUCCCCCUUGGAUCCAUCAAAGAAUUUCCGGCGGAAACGUGCAGCGAGAUCCAAGCGAGUGAAGGCAACGACACGGCUUACAGGAAAUACUGGAUUUCCUCUGAUGGGAAUGGUAAGGCCAUCGAGGCCUACUGCCAAGAGAGCUGGCAGAAGAUAAAUGGUAAAGAACCAGUCUGCUUUGGAGCCAAAGGAGAGGACUACGGCGCCUUCGUUAUGACAAAGAGUGGGCGACUGAAGACAAUGAAGCUCAUUUACCGGUCAGGGUGGGUGAACUGUAACCCAACUUACGAUGAUUCUUACUGGGGAUGCAAAAAUCCUGCUUAUGGCAACAUGUUGAUGACAGUCGUUACAAACGACAACAAAAAAGCCGUCUUUCCUCCUUCCGAAGAAUUGGAAACGAUUAAGGGUGGAUAUGACAAGCACUGCUACACUCUUGAGGGAACCGGCCACAAUUCAUCAGAGCUUGUAUUCAACCACCUCUCCAACCCCUUGUUUGUGUCGCUCACCCAAGAAUUACAAAUAUGGUACGGACAAGAUUGGAUCGAUCUAUCAGAAAGUGUAAAUAGCGGAAAAGUCUGCGUUGAUGUGUAUGCAUGGUACGCCUGAGGGAGUUAUAAUGCGGCAUUAUGUGUGUCUCAAAAAAGAAAUUUGCCAAUUUUUUUUUAAGUUGAUCGGUGAUUUACUUCCGUAUUCAUUUCGUCAGAAAAAUAUUGAAGUCGUUUUAAUUUGUAGUUUGUGACAGUUGCCCUAUGGUGUGCCUUAUUUCUGAGUUAAAAAAACUGAGCUGUCCUUCACUUUGUUUGAGAAGUUUUGUAGAAUUCUUAUUUCUAUUUAUAUGGCAAGGAACACAUUGUUUUGGUGUGUGAGUUUGGACGCUAGCAGAUGGUAGGUUGAGUAAAUUAGCAAAUAGAAACUAGCACUUCCAAAGUCAGAUUUUCCACUCUAUUUACUGUUGUGACCUGUCGAAACCACGUCGAAUCAAGGUUAGAACGAUGUUUUCACCAAAAAAAUGCAACAAAAACGAUUGUGUCCUCGCCCAAAAAAGGAUCAAACUAUGAUUUUUGCCAUUUACGCUAAGCCGGGUGAAAUAGAGAACGUACCAAUUACCGGCUCAUUCAGGUCUGUACGAGAUUUGAACCCAUGACCUCUGCGAUACCAGUACAGGCCUGAAUUUUGCUAUCAUACUUUAGCAAGGCAACAGUAAUGCUAAUGUUAUCUCUUAGAUUCACUAGUGUAAUUAAUGAUGUAGAUAAGUGUAGCAAAUGAAGUGUAUUUUACACACGUUAUAUGAAUAGAAAGAACCAAAAAUUAAUAAUUUAAUUUUCUUCAGUUCUGAAAGUACAUUUAUCACUUAACAAUCGCUCCCUAAAGAAGAAUCUAGGGAAAAUUUUUUUUUGUUAUGACAAUUGCGGCCCCUCGAGCCUACUCUUAUACGAGUUAUUCGAACUCAAGGUCUCUUGUAAUCUCGAACCGUAUCCUUCCGUGUGACUAAAAUGUAGGACAUUACCAACGCUAGGCUGUGGAAGGUCUGAACAAGAGAAUAACUCAGUCUUGAUACAAUCUGAGUAAUUUAGGCUUUGAAGAUUUUCUCACUAGUAUCCACCUUUAAAAAAAAAAAUGCCUGAAUAAAGUCUUAGCACCCUGGAUCUA